UCUCUCUCUCUCUGUCACACACACACACUCACACACCCUCAGACGCCGGUCCCACAUGCUGCAGACUCUCUCUCAUCACUCCGGUCGACGCUUCAGCUCCGUGUGAUGCGCUCUGCGCUGCGGCUCUGAUUCGGCCCCGAGGGGCCCGGGACAGGGACCUGUCCGUCUGUCCGACACCAUGGACCUCUGUAACGCAGCGGUCCUCCCAUAGCCCUCCACAAGAGACAUGGACGGCCACGGGCCGGACGCCAGUCAGCUGUCCGACGAGGCGCUGCUGACGCUGGGGAAGGAGGAUCUGAUUCGGGGGCUGCGGAGGAUGGAGAGCCGCAACCUGGAGCUGAUGCUGGAGCACGGCAGCCUGAUGAAGGACGUGAACCGCAGCCUGCAGGUGCACCUCCAGGAGAUCCGCAGGCUGAAGGAGGUCAACCAGAAGCUCCAGCACGACAACCAGGAGCUCCGGGAGCUGUGCUGCUUCCUGGACGACGACCGGCAGAAGGGCAAGAGGGUGUCCCGCGAGUGGCAGAGGUUCGGCCGCCACACGUCCGGCGUCCUGUGGCAGGACGUGGGGCUCUACCAGCAGAAGUUGCGGGAGCUGGAGGCCAACCAGGAGGCGCUGACGACGGAGAACGCGGAGCUGAGGGAGAUGGUCCUCAUGCUGGACGAGGAGCGCAGCGGGGCCGGCUCCCGGAGCUCCGUCGGCAGCCAGUCCAGCCUGGGCCCCCCGGGCCCGGCGGCGGCGCGGGACGUCGGGGACGGCAGCAGCGCGUCCAGCACCGGGAGCGCCGGCAGUCCCGACCACCAGCCCCACGGCCACUCCUGCAAAGCCCCCGAUGGGAGGCCCGCGGCCCACCCGCUGAGAGGCGCCGGGCUCAGCGCGGGCUACGUCACACAGCUGGAGAGCAAGGUGAAGAUGCUGGAGGACGAAAACAGGCAGCUGCUGUCACAGGGCGCUGCUCGAACCCCCUCUCCCCCAGGGCUCUACAGCCCCCCAGGGCAGAAACCAGAGGCGAUAGUCCACGCAAUGAAGGUGUUGGCAGUCCAUGAGAAGCUGGACAGGCAGAGCUCGCAGGAAUACGACGACGAUCUCAGCGAGAAGGAGAAGGCCAUCGUCAGAGAGAUGUGCAACGUGGUUUGGAGGAAGCUGGGCGAUGCUUCCGGCUCCAUGCCGUCCGUCCGACAGCAGCUCUCAGGAAACCAGCUCAAAGGGCCUUCGCAGAUGUCAGAGUCCAAGUGAAGCCCCCAGAGGUCCCAGCAGCCCUGCAAUCCCAGUUUGGACAGGAAGCUUUUCAGCCCAGUGUUUCCUGUCUCGACUCUAUAAAAAACAGACGUCAUCACUAGGUCCGGAAAGUGAAGCCAAUGCGGAAGUGCCUAAAAACCUGUAUUGUCUGGAAUGGCCAGCAGAGGGCGACUUGCAAAAAAGAAGUCAGCUCCGUAGAAGCCUACGAGAAGAUGACUCUACUUCUCACUUGAUUUAUAACGUCUGUAUACAUUCUCCUGCGGAGGUUAUGGGUCAAUCUAUAGUUCAAGUCUUCUUCAAUACAGCACGAUGUUCAUUUCGUUAAUGAUGGUCUCAUUUGGAUUUUUUAAAAAUGGAGGAUACAGCACCGUAUACCUUGGAGCAUGCAUACCCUGUGAUUGACAGCUAAUACCGUCCAAUGGGGGCAGGUCACGUGUAGGUGGACAUGCAGUUGACGAUCUCUCGGUCAGGCCCAUCCGCCAAACUUCCAAACAUGGUCACUUCUGGUUUCAAAAAAACCAAGAUGGCGCUGGCAAAAAUGCUAGCUCCCAAACCAAUGGGUGACGUCAUGGCGGGUUGCCACUUAGCUGCUGAAUUACAGCUUCUUCAGUCUGAGGUCAUGAUGGAUAUACAUCUUAGUUCAACCGAGAUGUAGAACUCAAAUCCAAACCCUGCAAGACUAUUUCUGUUACCAAGACAGAAACACAGACACAUUCUAUGGAAGUCAUUCGAAGCCUUGAAGUCCAAAUGUGAGCAAUGUGGACUAUGCCUGGUUGGAACCGAAGCAAUGUACACAAACACUCAAUGAGGUUUUCUCUGCUUUUACAUUUCCUUCCAUUAAUCUGAUUGGUUAACCUCAGCCCCCAUCAAAAUGUUCAUUUCUUUUCUUUUAGGCUACAUGACCUUGGAGUGGUGUUGUUCACACUGUAAAUGCACAGCAGGAAUGGAAAAAGCUCUAUUAAUGUCUAAAGUUCACAUGUCAAUUGGUACAGGUAUUAAGAGAUAGAUAUUCAAGAUACUUUAGAUAAUUAACUUGUGUGCACUAGAUAUUAAAAUAAUCCCUCAUCUUUCAUGACUUACGGAGCUCCGUAGCAAUUUGAUUGGAUAAAACUCUCAUUGCGUCACCGAUUACUGUCAAGAAUUAUGCCGCCUUCACCACUAAUUGCCUUCAAAUGGUAAAAAAUGGUAAUCAGUUUCUACCAGGCCUGGGCGAUAUGGAAAAAAAUCUUAUCGCGAUAAUUAUCGAUAUCGAUAUAUAGCACUAUAUAAAUCUAAUGACUAAUUCUGUCACACUUAAAGGUUGUGAGAUGUGUCCGUCGGGACGUCUUCUUCGGUAACGCUGUCGCUCGAGUUAACAUUUCCUGUCGUCAUUUUCUCUUUUACCUUGCUCCCACUCCAGACGGACUGAUGUGCGCGACCGCAGUAGCCCAAACAUUAACGUGCUUCUCCUACGCUCUGCUGUGUGCCUCAACCUAACUUGAUCGCUUCGGCACGCCGCUAUUCUCUUUUUAUUAUUGGCUGUUCGUGUUGUCGGUCAAAACAGGGAUGGGACUAGUUCUAUCCAAGUUGUAUCGACCAUGUCCUAUAUUUCUAUCGAGGAAAAGUUAUUUUGCGAUAAUUAUCUUUAUCGUUCUAUCGCCCAGCCCUAGUUUCAACACAAAUUGAAUAUACAAGGGGCAGCAUACAGGAAGUAGAUUGGGUUAGUGUGACACAGCAUAUUUUGUGCUGUAUAGUCAUGAAUUUCAAAUCAUUUGGGAGUCAUUGAGAUUAGGGCUAUUAUCACAUACACAUAACCAUGAUGUUUAAAAAUAAUCACAUAUUGACAUUGAUAAUAAUCAAUGCACAUGAAAAUAUAAUUUCCAGAAUUUCCCAGCUUUGGAUCAUUAAAGUAUCUAUCUAUCCAUCUAUCAAUCUUUCUACAGUAUCUAAAGAACACCUCUUCAUUCAUUGCAAGCGUCUUUCUACCUUGAAGCAGACAACACAUCAGGCUCACACUCCAACAUAGAAGCUAUUAGUGUUUUGAGUGUAAUUAAAAAGCCCAAAAACAAAAAAAGUUAAAGAUACAUCGACUGAAAGCAUUAAAAAAGUUUUCCUAUACAGUACAUGAUGCAAUAAUUCCUAUGGCGGCAAUAGUGAAAUGUCUGAUAACAUGAUAGUUCAUGAAUUACGUUUUCCAUAACUAAUUAUAUUGAAUAUUAUGCCCUAAUCUUGUCACAAGUUGUUUUGUUAUGGAGUAAAGCACAAAUGAAAUACAUGAGUAGACUUGUGGACAGUGGGCUGUAAAUCUGUACCUUUGUUGAAAACCCUUUCUACAUUACACACAAAGCUGCUGACUGUUUCUAUUUGUGGAGAGCAUAACGUUGUGUUUGAAGAAUGUUGAAAUGUUUAAAAAGAACAGAAUUGGGACAUUGUGAAUGCACUGCUUGUUUUGACACUGAGUUGUUGGGCUCUAUCUUGAAAAUCUCAGCUCAUGGUCUCAAACUACUGAACAAGUGUCCGAAUCCACUAUUGCUAGUUUGAUGGCUGAAAAAGGAAAAGGUUUCUGCUUCAUCUCCAUUGUUCCAAAUGGUUGUUUUGGGGACAUAACCUGCAACAAACCACCAAUAAGUACAUCUGCCCAUUCCCUUUAACCGCCGGGUGCACUUGCACAUUGAUAUUAUAAUGGUGGAUGCAUGAGGACGAGCGAACGCUGCACUGCAGAGGAAAUGUUUUCACCCAUGGGUGCUUGGGCGUGCAUUUGCUGUUUGAACAAUAUCAGUGAAGGACAGUGUGAGGCCCAUUCCCUCAGACUGAGAUGCGUAUUGCAGAGAAAAGACCUGAAGAAGAAGAAGCAAUUUAUUAAUACUUAUACUGUAGGUUAUCAUUCAGUGGAAUUCCUGUAUAUUUUCGAGGAUGUAUGAAGCUGAAAAUGUACUUGAGCAAUAUAGCUUGAUGACAUGAAACAUUUGAGAUGGUUUUAAAUAAAAUGUCAAUAUUCUUUCUU